UAAUCAUGAGUUUGGUGCGACAAAACUUCCACGAGGAAUGCGAGGACGGGAUAAACAAACAGAUCAAUUUGGAGUUAUAUGCCAGUUAUGUCUAUCUGUCAAUGGCGUACUACUUUGACAGGAGUGACGUCGCAUUACGGGGCCUGUACAAGUAUUUUAAAAAAGCUUCGGACGAGGAACGCGAGCAUGCUAUGAAAUUCCUGACUUAUCAAAAUAAACGAGGCGGCGACAUCGUGCUGAUGGACAUUCAGGCGCCGACCAGGAGAGAUUGGAACAGCGCGAAAGACGCUAUGACAGAGGCACUACAGCUGGAGAAAAAAGUGAACCAGAAACUACUUGAAUUACACGGGAUUGCUUCGAUGCAUAACGAUGCAAAUUUCAUGGAUUUUCUGGAGACUGAAUUUUUACAAGAGCAAGUGGAUGCGAUAAAAGAGAUAUCUGAUCACGUGACGAAUUUAGAGAGAGUCGGAGAAGGUCUCGGCAUUUUUAUUUUUGACAAGGAGUUGACGGAUCAAGAUUAAUCAAAUAACAUCGUAUUUCAAAAAUCUGCCAAAUUUAAGUAGGAUUUUAGAUAAAUAUUGCAAAACACUGUGUUAAUCAUAUUAUAUCGUAUGAAAAAAGUUGCUAUAAUGUGAUAAGUAUUAAAUAAAAGCAAUAAUAUGCAUAUAUAUAUAUA